AUGUACGGCCAGUCAAAUCGCCCCGAUCCUCCAUCGCAGCCUGAAUGGCGACUUCCGCCGCGUCCUCCGGGGGGAGGUCCACCUCCCCCUCCCCCUCCUCCGGCAACAUACACGCCGGCUACGUAUGGCCCGAUCUCAAAUCCCCAGAUCCAAGGAGUGUCACCCACAGGUUCGGGUGCGGAUACAACCACGUGGGGAGUGCGGUUCAACCAGAGCCACGCUCCACCGUUGCCGCCUCGACCUUCCAGCACCAACGAGCAGCCAUACUCCCAUGUUCAGUCGCCUUCGCAGUCACCCGCCGCGAAUAGCAGUCCUUACCAUGGGUUCCAACCCCCAGCCGCUCACCCUUCUCCGUCUCCAUACACACCCAAAGUCCAAACCGGCGGUGUCCCUCCGCCGCCGCCAAAGAUCCCUCAAAAUGCGCCAACCCAGCAAGUUGGCCACGCAGAGCGGCCUCCGCUCCUUUCUCAAGGCUCAGGGCCAGCCGCGAUGACUGGGUCUUAUGUAAUUCGGCCUGCGCCUUUCGUUAACACGAGCGCGCCAUCUACAGGCGCAUCGGCCUUGGGCCCGGGCACGCCCUCGGACUGGGAGCAUCUUGGCCCUACUCCCGGAGAUUUUGAUGACGCGGCUUGGUUUCCACCAAGACAAACUUCUCCACCCCAGGACAUAAUCCCACCACAUUCGGGCAUCCCGCCUGGGAUGCCCAACAUAUCCGCGGCAAACGAUCCCUCGCAGUUCGUCCGUCCAAGAACGGAUACAAGUGAGACAAUUCCAAGUGUCAGCUCUGGUGGCCAUGGGUCGGGACACGUCAGUUCGGAUUCUCCCAUUAGUCCAUGCACAACUCACGGGGUGCAAACGCCGCCUCCGCCGACCCGUGUAGAUAGUGACAGCUCUGCUGUCUCUGCUGGUGGACAUUCAGAAAGCAUUGAUAAUGUGAUAGAUGCAUGGGCUCGCCCAUUAUCACCUCCAUCUAAACCAGCUCAACCCGGGCUCCAGGGCCCAACAUCACAACCACAGAGUUCCGCUCAAUUUAACCAGAUCAUCCCAGCCAAAGAGCCGGAGUCGACACAAAGUAUUCUGCCGCCUGCUGAGCAUUUGAGAUCAAGCUCAACCGUCCCCGUGCCCCACGUCCAAACACCUGUAAAUGAGGCUGCAUCCAGAAAGCCAGACCCCUUCGAGGAUCUGGACCCUUGGUCCAAAUCGUCCUUGGAACGCUAUGUUGCCAUGCUACGCAAGGAAGCGGUGGCAGAUUUGGAUGAAGAACGAUACAGGAUCUUCACAGCAUUCAUGGCCAAGGAGACGAAACUCCGAGAGAUUCUCUAUAAUAUUGAGCAUGAUGAGCCAGAGAGCUCCCCAGAACCUCGCAGAGCUUCUAGUUCUGUGUCUCGGUCGCCAUUGCCAAGGCUUGAUGAAGACGAAACCUAUUUUGAGACGGGACUGAUACCCGUCUCAUCAGAGGAUAAUCCAACCCCCUCGGUGACGGCAGCAACAGAGGACGGGGAGAGCGAUGAUGUUGACGAUGUUGGAAGUGAGUAUAGUGCAGGCGGACGACCCAAUAUCGCCAAGCAAGCCCGAAGGGGCUCGCAGUUUCAGCCAAAGUUGUCUGUACUGCUCUCGGGCCCAGAGCCAGAUAAACGACUCUCAAGAACCUCGUCAUUUCCUCUGUCUGCGGAUGUACAGAAGCAACCUUUGGAGCCUCUGAACAGCAACCCUCCACGGCCUAUCUAUACCCCGUUCCAGUAUACGGAAGGUCCUCAGCGAGGCUCGGACAACCUAAAGUUUGAUCGCCCGGCUUACGAGGCUUAUUCCGAUCUACGCCAAGCAUCUGCCGUAAGCGGGCGGGUCAUGUCAAAUGCACCAGUGUCCACAUCUCAUCCGAGAGCCAGCACCACUUCUCCGGUUCAAAAUGAACACGACGAAACUUUCCUCGGGCUCAUUCGUCAUAAAAGCACCGCUUACUCUAACCCAACUGGGCGAAACUCUGUGCCAUCUCCGGCGCUGCCGGAGUCUCUGCGAAAGGGCCGGCCAACUAGCCUUGUAGAAGAGCUACGCACUAUGAUCUGGACACCUUUGGACAAGCAAUCUGAGAACUCGUGGCAUAUCACAACUCGGGAGGAACUCAACAAGUUUCCCGAUGAUUUCACCUACAUCCAGCGCACAAUCGAUCGAUGGGAAGCAGCUGCACAAGCCCGACGACAGAAAUUGGACCAAGAGCGUAUACUUCGCCAGGAGGAAUCAGAGGAGCAUAUUGAUGACCUCUUCAAUGGAAAGGAGAUUGGUUACGCGGAUAUCAAUACUUUGGAAGAAGAUUUCCGGCAAGCUGAAGCUCGGGUCCAGCUAGAAGAGGAACGACGCGAAGUAGAAGAUUUCACAAAGCAAGUCUUCAAUCCUUUGGACGAAGGUUUGAAAGAGGCGAUCUCGGCGCUCCGUAAAUCCUACGACUCUGCUCUUAGCCAGCUUGACCGUGAUCAGAAAAGCAAAGGCUCGCCAACUGAGCAAUGCAGCCCGUCUGUGACCAUGAACAUGGUCAAUGACAUCCACUGCAAACUCGAGAUCCGGUUCCAAAAACGUCUCGAAAUCGCACUUGACUGUGAGCGGCGGCGCAAAAAGGCUGAGCGGCGACCACUUGUUUUCAUGGGCGAUAUGGCUAGUCUGCGAAAACUUGAUGGAGAAUUUGAUCACAUGGAACGACGAAACAUUCUGGAGGCGUGCAAGGACCGGGACGACCGAGCCAACCGACUCAUGGAUUGCUUCGACGAUGCAAUCUUACACGGGCUAGGUAUGAAUCAGAGCCUCCUAGACGAGGUUGCUUCGAAAGCAGCCCAGCUAGAUCUCGCCGCCCUCCGUGCCUCCGGUCUCCCUGAUUCUGAACUUGAACAGAUUCUCAAGUCCGCGGCGACCUUUGUAGCGUCGCUUCGCGCCGACUCAGAGGCAAUUCUUCGCAGCUCGGGGGUUGCGGACAUGGCCCUCAACGACGCCGAUUACGGGGUCUCCGUCGCCGAGGCACGGUAUGCCAACUCGGACCCGGAUAUUUUCCUUCGGCUCAGGGAUGAGAAGAAGAAAGAAGAUGAUACUCUUCAGAAAGAUUUGGACUCGAAGUUGCAGAGCAUCCAGAAGGGGCCUGUGCGCAUUGAGUCCACUCUUCAGCGCCUUCUUUCUGAUCUAAAGAAUGCUCCUCCAGCCGCGGCUCCGGUCUCUCCAGUUGAGCGCCACUCUGCCUCAACGACUCCAAUUACGGACGUGCCCUUGCCUCCAAUUCUGCGCCCUUCCACUGUUGUUCCUGGUUCCGCAUCAAGCCCAAAAGUUGUGGUUCAAGAUGCGGAUGAAGACUCGGAGCACAAAGAGAGGCUUCGCAGAGCGCUGGAAGAAGCCAAGAAGCGUAAUGCCAGCAGAGGUAAUCAUUGA